GCGAUGGUCCUUGUAAUAGCGUCCAACUCACAGAGAGAACGCAGUAACCAGCACAGGUCGUUAUGUGAGCGAGACACAUCGAAGAGAGGAGAUACCCUUCCAAUGAGGUAGCCUGACGAAUCAAGUAGAGCCCUCGAGUUUUGCGUGACAUUUCGAACAAGUUGGAAAAAACAUCAAAGGUUUCUAAAGGAUAGAACAGCCCUCUCAGCCCAUCCCUGUAGCCGCAGGACCAUGUGCCAGUGAUGACUAGCUGUUGUAUUCCAGAGGCCCACCUUGGCAGCUAGAGGAGAGGCUCCGCCCCAUCACCGUGAUGGCAGCGUUGCCGCGGUACGCCACCCCCAUGUCUGUGCCUGGCAUGUUGCUCCUCCCCCUGCUACUGCUGCCCCUCCCCAUCGCGCUGUCCCAGAAACCCCUGCUCCUCUCCCCGCCCGACCCCACGCCCGCCUCCCUGUACCUUUCCCGGCCGGAGUGCACCCUGAGAGAGCACCCUGUGGUCACCUUCCAAGCCCUGAGUCCUUGGAUCUCUAUUUUCUCCCACCCGGGCGUGAGAGACUACUCCCAACUGACCCUUGAUCUGACCAGGAAUGAGCUGAUAGUGGGUGCAAGAAACUUCCUCUUCAGAUUGAGUCUCAACAACGUGUCUCUCAUCCAGGCAACGGAAUGGAUUCCAGAUGAUGACACCAGGAGGUCCUGUCAGAGCAAAGGGAAGACCGAGGUAGAGUGUCAGAACUACCUCCGCGUGCUACUGGUCAAUAAGACUGAGGUCAUCACCUGUGGAACCAACGCCUUCCAGCCCCUCUGUAUCACCCGGGAGGUGGGGAACAUGUCCAGUGUGUUGGAUCGUGUGAACGGCGUGGCACGGUGCCCGUAUGACCCUCGCCAUAACUCCACAGCGGUGGUGACGGAGAGUGGUGAGCUGUUCGCCGCCACUGUCAUAGAUUUUUCGGGUCGCGACCCCGUCAUCUACCGGAGCCUAGGAGGCAUGCCACCCCUUCGGACUGCCCAGUACAACUCCAAGUGGCUCAACGAACCCCAUUUCAUCUCAGCGUACGAUGUGGGUCUCUUCACCUUUUUCUUUCUGCGUGAGAACGCCGUGGAACACGACUGUGGGAAGACUGUCUACUCCCGGGUGGCCCGGGUCUGUAAGAACGACAUCGGAGGGCGGUUCCUACUGGAGGACACCUGGACCACCUUCAUGAAGGCCAGGCUGAACUGCUCGCGCUCAGGAGAGAUCCCCUUCUACUAUAACGAGCUGCAGAGCACCUUCUAUCUGCCUGAACAAGACCUCAUCUAUGGGAUAUUCACCACCAACGUGAACAGUAUAGCAGCAUCUGCAGUGUGUGCAUUUAACCUUAGCUCCAUCACCCAGGCCUUCAACGGGCCCUUCCGUUCCCAGGAGAACCCCCGCUCUACCUGGCUGCCCACCCCCAACCCCAUCCCCAACUUCCAGUGUGGGACCAUAGAUGAUGACGGGGGUCCUAACGAUGGUCUGACGGAGCGCAGCCUCCAGGACGCCCAGCGGCUGUACCUGAUGAACGACGUGGUGCAGCCCGUCUCUGUGGACCCCUUGGUCAUGCAGGACGAUGUGCGCUUCUCCAGGCUGGUAGUGGACAUCGUACAGGGUCACGACACCCUCUACCACGUCAUGUACAUCGGCACAGAAUACGGCACCAUCCUGAAGGCCCUGGCCACCACCAAUAAGAGCCUUCAGGGGUGUUACCUGGAGGAGAUCCAGCUCCUCCCCCCUGGGGUGCGGGAGCCAAUCCUGAACCUGCAAAUCCUUCACAGUGAUAGGUCACUGUUUGUAGGACUCAACAACAGAGUUCUGAAGAUUCCAUUGGAGAGAUGCUCCAACUACAAGACUGAGACGCUAUGCCUGGAGGCACGGGACCCCUACUGUGGCUGGGACAGAAAACAGAGAAGCUGCACCACUCUAGAGGACAGCUCCAACAUGAGCCAGUGGAGUCAGAACAUCACUGUGUGUCCGCUGAGGAACCAGACCACCAAUGGCGUCUUUGGACCCUGGACGACGUGGCAACCAUGCAGCAAUGACGAUGGCGACGGCACCAGCUCCUGUCUGUGUCGCUCCAGGGUGUGUGACAAUCCUUCUGCUCGUUGUGGUGGGAGGAACUGUGAGGGGUCCACCAUCGAAGUCUCCAAUUGCUCCAGAAACGGAGGAUGGACACCAUGGUCGUCAUGGGGACAGUGCAGCACCACCUGUGGAACAGGGUUUGAGAUGCGCCAGCGCUCCUGCAACAACCCCUCGCCCCGACAUGGGGGACGUGUGUGUGUGGGCCCGGUCAGGGACGAGAGGUUCUGUAACGAAGGUGUGUCGUGUCCCCAGCCUAUCUUCUGGUCCCUAUGGGGUGCCUGGGCUAAGUGCAGUGCAGAGUGUGGAGGAGGGGUCCACUCCAGGGUCAGAAGCUGUGAGAACGGGAACAGCUGCCCAGGCUGCGCAUUGGAAUACAAGGCAUGUAACCUUGAGGCGUGUCCAGAGGUGAAGAGGAACACCCCUUGGACCCCGUGGAUGCCUGUCAACGUGACGCUGGGCGGAGCACGCCAAGAGCAGAGGAUGCGCUACAUGUGCCGCGCCCAGCUGGCAGACCCCCACGAGCUGCAGAUUGGACGACGCAAAGUAGAGACCCGCUUCUGCCCCAACGACGGCAUGGCCACCUGCGAGACUGACACUCUGGUGGAGGACCUCCUGAGGACCCCUGUGGUACGAGUGGCGGGCUCCGGCUGGUCGUCAUGGGAGACGUGGUCCGCCUGCUCCCAGGACUGUGCCAAAGGGUACCGUACCCGCAAGCGCACCUGUGCCACGCCAGAGGGCAAGGUUGCCCCCCCAGCCUGCAGGGGUUCGCCCGUAGAGUACCAAGACUGCAACUCUCAGGCCUGCCCAGUGAGUGGAGCCUGGUCCUGUUGGUCGUCCUGGUCUCAGUGUUCGGUACCCUGUGGUGGAGGGCACUAUCAGCGUACCCGCUCCUGUAACAACCCCAGCCCUGGCAACGGAGGAGAUAUCUGUAUUGGCCUACACACUGAGGAAGCGCUGUGCAACACACACACCUGUGACGGUAGCCUUCCACAGGCUUCCCACGAUAAGCUGGGUGAAUUUUGGCCCAUUCCUCCUGACAGAGCUGGUGUAGCUGAGUCAGGCGGCUGGAUGGCCUGGUCUCUGUGGUCAGCAUGUGAUGACGUAGGGCUGCAGGUACGCAGCCGGGUCUGUGGGGCUCAAGGCUCCGCCCCCUGUGUGGGAAACAGCACUGAGCACAGGGACUGCAACGAGAUUCCAGUGAUUCUCCCUGCGUCUGGCUUUGAUAAGGACCAGCAAUGCAGAGCAUUCACCUCUCUGCACCUGAUAGCCACAGGCGUGUCUUGUUUCCUGGGGGCGGGCCUUCUGUCCUUCUUGGUCUAUGUGUACUGCCAGCACUUCCACAAGCCCUCGCAGGAGUCUGCCGUCAUACACCCAACCACACCCAACCACCUCAACUACAAGGGCAACACCACACCAAAGAACGAGAAGUACACGCCCAUGGAGUUCAAGGUAUUGUCACAGACUCUGAACAAGAACAACCUGCUCCCAGACGAGAGGUCUAACUUCUACCCAACGCCCCUGCAGCAAACUAACGUUUACACUACCACCUACUACCCCACAGCGCUGGGCAAAUUCGACUACAACAGGCCUGACUCCUCCCCUUCCCCUUGCAGGACCUAUAACCACAGCUGAGACACACACCCCAAGGACCCCAGCCCCACCUACCUACCCAGACUGAACUCCACCCCCAUCGCCAUGGUGACAAAUGCCAUGGUGACUGAACACAACCUAAGACCUGGAUCUCAUUUUUGCUCUCCUUUCCUUUAUCCCAUGGUAUCGCCAAAAUGGUGGGGUGUGUGUGUGUAAGGGUAUACCUGGAACGUACUAUCAGCACUCUGUAGGGGUGGAUACAGUAUGGAUACUGAUGCCUUCCCUAGACUCACUAACUAGAGCCAGGAACCUGAUCCUGGUACUGGACAUCACAGUGUCAACGUAGUGCUUUGAUGGAGAGCUGAAUGAUGAACUCCAUAAGACACUAUACGCUACAGUAUGGAUUUGGACAAUGACUUAUCCCUGUGGAACUUGACAACCUGAUCGCCUUACUGUGGGUGUUGUGCUAUUCAGAGAGGCUAGAGGUGGCCUUAAGAGAUACUCAAAAUGGCCACAUCUUCUCCUCUCUGGUCUGUCUGGUCACCUCUAUGAAUGAGUCUCUAUGACACCAACAUCCCCUCUGUCUGCAGCUUUUAUCCCCAUUCUAAACUCAGAAUUCUCCCAACAACAAGUUACCGGGAACAUCCCAACCGGCGCAUAUCCUGGUGUCUGUCCUUGCUUCAGUGCGGUGGUUGCAAAUCAUGAGGAAACCAAAAAAAUUACUAAAUUAAUUCAAGAGAUCAGGAGGCCAAUAUCAGUUCUAUUGUGUUUGGAGGUGGAUGGAUGAAUGCACUCAGCUCACGUCAUCACAUGACAUGAGGAGGACAAGAACCUGGGACUUCAGCUCUGCUAUGUUUUUGGGUGGUACUAGAGGACCAGGGGAACAAAGGCACAUCCAUGGAUGGCAGCGUGUGAUCGGUUAUGGACAAAACACUACCUAUAUUGGUCCACACAGAUACAGACAUACUCAUUGCUGGAUAGACUCUAGUUUUAAUCUGCUUAUGUCCAAACAAGGCCCCACACCUCAGGCUGCCUAGCUGUGUUAUGUAAUGUAUAGGUAGACUUCCCAGGGAACGAUCUGAACAUGGGAUAGAGAUCUGAGGUGUCUGACUGAGAGAGUUGGAAUCAGUUGACGGGAUAUAGUUGGUACAGCUUUGGGUUGCCUCGGGUGCCUGUCUGUAUGCAACAGAGGGGAUAAUGUGGGGUCAGAUUAUAUAAAGACUUCUAGAAGGGCAUUCCCUUGAUUCUAGAAUUAAAUGGAUGCAUUCUACUGAGCACUGUACCUACCUACUACCGCUCAGUGUGCAAAACUGGACUGCAACCGCAUUUUGAUAUGAUAUCAUACAAGCUAGGAUAAUAAGCUAGUAGUGUGGCACCUUUUUUUAAGUGGUUUUGUUAUGAGGAGGUUAUUUGUUUCAUGCUAGAGAGAGAGAGAACAGUAGUAUAGGAGGAAAAGUUUUAUUCCACAAAUAAUAGCUGAUUCACUUUUUAGUUUCUCAUCAGUUUCACAUCACAAAAUACAUUAUUUUUACAUUUUUCAAAGCAGCUUAGUAGCCAAUGUGUAUCUGACAUAUUUUACAAAUAAGAACAAAAAUAUAAAACACAGAUUCAUGUAGAAGCAAAUAUAAGUCUGACUGUAGCAAAUAUUAAUGGAUCCCUCUCUUAACAUUGCUAAAUCAUGCUUAGAAAUAGUGGUAUGAGAUUAAUGUUUUGCUUGUAUGUGUAUGUUUGCUUGCUUCGUAUGUGUAUGCCUGUGAGCUUGAAUGAGGAGAGGAACAGACAACUCUAUGUAUUUUGUACAAUGUAAAUGUAAUGCUUUAUUACAUAUGACUGUAUAUGACGGGAUCUGUAAAGGACCAUGUGCAUUUUUUCACACAUUAUGAUGAUGGCACUCCUGACGUUCCGCUGGGUUUCUGUGUGUUCCACGUAUAAGAUGUUAAUCAUUGUAAGUUUAAGGAGAGCUGUACGGUUCUCAUGGGGAAGCUUGGAUCAUAAAGGAAUUUGAGAAACACAACUGAGCUAUAUUUUCUUAUUAUGCCUGAUGUUAUGCUAAUUCAGCAGCAAUGCUUCUAGUUCCUCUCAUAGAAAUAGAAGGAUUUUAUUCUAUCAUUCUAAUUCUAUAGUUCCGCUAUAUGCACGAGAGCUCUAUCUGUACAUAAGAGACAGCCUUCGAUCUGCAGACCAUUAAUGACAUCUAAAGGUUAGUAUAAUGUAAAUGUAUAUUAUUGUAUAGCUAACACUGUUUUUUGUUUUGUUUGUUUUGUUUGAAGCCUUAUAGUUGUAAAAAAGUGCAGCAGCUAUGUACACACCAACCAUGGGGUUUGUAAGGGGAUAGAGCUAGUCAAUGUGACUGGUUGACUACGGCCUAGACAUCUUUUCCAGGGAUCUAUUCAUUCCACCGAUUCUGUUGCAAAAUGUUUCGCAAACGGAAUGAAACGAAGAGGGACGUACAUGAAUUUGUCUAAUAAAAACUCCUGUUUUUCUCUUUUAGCUUCCGUUUGGGUCUUAAACGGUUUCCGUAAUGAAUACACAACAGCUGUUUUGUUACUUUGUGCAGAUGUACAGUUUGGCUACAUCUUGUGUAGUAUCUUAGAGUAACAAAGACAGCCCGUCGUUUUAGAGGCACUUGUGCCAGUUUAAUACAGAAUCAAUGUCACCACCACAACAAAACAUUUAUAAUUAAAAGCCCUACCUUAAUAAAACAUGUAAAAUAAGAACUUGAUACAGCAAAUGUACAACAAAGAGUCAUGUAAAUUAGAUCAAAGUAAUUCUGCUGUUUAGAGGACUUAAAGUAACACUUCCAUCCUGUGGUUUUCCUUUUCCACACAGGCCUCACCCACGUUUCUUGGGUUUUUAAUUGGCUCCCCCUAAAUGGUGACUCCCUCUAAUUUGCUUCCCCUGGCCCUGUAGUCACUUUUGAUUGGACAAGCUGGAUGCCACAUUGUGGAGCUCUGUCCCCUGAUUGGCUCGGUGCCCUUCUAUGCAACUGACCUGGUGGUACUGUUAGAUAUGUGACAUAGACUGUAAUCACUGCCUUUUAGACACUGUGAAUUUUUUGGUACUCUAUAUUUUUGUAUAUUGUACAUUAUAAAGGAUAAUAAACCUUGAUGCCAACA